AUGCCACCACCGACGCAACCAAGAGCUGAUCGGACGCAAGCCAACGGCGCCAACCGUUCGCGCAUGUACAGCCUCGCAGGACAUGCUCAUUCCUCCGGCUCCUUGCUCCCUAGGUCGACUGAUGUUCAUGCCGCUUCGACAUCCGCAGCCACAUCUGCUACUGCGAUCAACAUGGCCAACAACAGGGCAGUGGAUGCCUCUGAUGCGCCCUAUCUUACAAAUCUCGAAUCUCACUUUGGCAGGGUUACACUUACAGCUCCAGACAAUCUCUUAAGGAGGCAGGCAGCCAAGGAGAAGAAGCACAAGCUCCGACAGAAGAAGGCACAGAACGCACAAGCAGCAGCUGCAGCGCUAGCAGGAGCUACUCAGAAUGCCCUCACAUCAAGUGUUGGCCGCAACGCUGCAGCUUCGUCAUCCAACUUGUUGGACUCGAGUCGUCGCUAUCACACCACGCUCGAUGACGCUCCAGUGGGCACCGGCUUGCUUCUUCCAUCACCAGCGCAGCACACGGCCAUGCGAAGAGCUUACAGCGGCAACCAGACUCCAACCUUGGCCUCCACCUCGCAUCUGCAGACACCACCUUCCACGACCACCACACGGCAGAGGCGAACAAGACAGUCUGCGGCAGCAAGACAAGAAUCGAGCAGACCUGCUUCCAGAGCCAGCCGGAUCACAUCUCUACAUCGCCAAAACGUCUGGAACGACAUCACAGAAGCAGACACGGACGACCUUCCUCCACCCUUCCCAGAAGGUGCACCUCGACCUCCAACACCUCCACUUGCCCCAACUCACGCUGAAGCAGCAAACGACGCUCAGUUGAUUGGUUCACAGCCACAUGCUCGCAUUCCAACCAGUCCACCACCACCCUUCGUGAGCGAUGAUGAACAUGACUCUCCGCCCAGAGAGUCGCAAGAAGAAACCACUGUCAGUCGACCAUCGAGUCGCGCCUCGACUGGCUCGGCCUCUGCUACCAGCGGGGACGAAAGUGUCGAGUUGACGGAGGAGAGGCGGGCAUGGGAGGCAGACAUCCAGAACGGACUCAGCUUUGAGGUGAGGAUGCUCAGAGAGCAGCAGCGUAGAGUGGCAAGAGAACGGGCUGCUGCGCUGAGAGCAAGGGAGAUGGAAGAGCAAUACGAGAGCGCAGAAGAGGAAGCAACUGAUGACGAGCAAAGCGCACAUGUGGUAGCGCCUGCGACGGUAGAUGCUCAAGUCGAGACCCAAGCAGAGGCUAUUGCAGCAGUGGAAGCUGAUCAGCCGCUGUCAGCACCUAUCGUAGCGAGUCAGCAGACUGCAGCACCUCCGACAGAUGACGGAGCUUUGACUGAACAAGAUACUGCUGAGCAAGCAGGCAAUGUUCAAGUCACUACAGAACAGCCAGCUCGACCUCUGGACAGCACGGAAGCACCAUCCGCUGAGACGCCAUCCCUAGAGCCUGUCACCAGCGCAGCUCUGCCCUCUCCAAACACAACAAGUCAACCCGAAUCACAAGCUAGCCAAUUCCAGAUCCCAUCAGCUGCUCCAGCUCAACCCGAACAACCUUGCAUCAGCGCAGCCCCCGUCGAGACCGACACGAGCGGAAGAAGAAUGCUUGCAAACGAGCCUCGUCUCGGCUUGCCGCCCAUGUCCAGCAAUGCGCCCGCACCUAGACGCCCCGUGUCCGCUCAGCAGUCAUCCUCGUCAGCAGCUCCCCGUCGCAUCUCAGGCCAUCGAAAGACUAACUCGGACCCACGACCCACAGAUGUCCAAGCUGCUUCAGCAAGCAGCAAUCGCGCAUCGCUUAGCGGCCUGAUUGGUCGUCGUCUGCAUGGAGGACAAGCCGUUCGAGGACAUGACAGCGAUUCGCAUCUUCCCCUCAGCCACCGACCUGAAGAUACGCUAUAUGUCAUUUCGGCUCCUCCGCCUGCCGUUCAUGACACAUGGUCAAGCGAAGGCGAGGUAGUUGCUCCAUAUAUGGGCCGCGGCGAAGCUGCAGGCCCUGUCAGGCAAGACGACGCAGUCGGCGACGCUUCGGCAGCUCUAAACGACGAAGAUGACGGCGCCGAAUCUGAUUCCUCCAUCGAGCAGUGGCUUUCUGAAGCCGCUGCAUUCGAUGCAUUGCGCAAGAGGGAGGAAGAAGCAGCGGCAAGACUUGAAGCUUUGCGUGAGCCACCAUUCUCCGACAGUGACGGAGAUGACAACGAUCAAGAUGUGAUGCCAGGGUCCUUCACUCAUGCAUCACCAACGCAUCGCAGACAAGUCAACGCAGCUCGCAAGGUGCCGGAUCCAGUUAAUCUCGCUUUGAUGGACCAAGCUUUGCCCAAAGCACCUCCUCCGUUGGUCCUUGGACGCUCACGCGGCGGUGCUGCUUUCUCCGACUCCUCGUCAGACUCGACAGAUACGGAUGAACUACUAGAUCACUACUCGUCGAGCGAUGAAGAUGAUGAGCAGCACCGAGCUUUCCGCGGAGCAUCGGCUCGCGAUACUUUUGGAGGAGGACAAAGUCCAGCGAAUGACCCUUUCGUCAACUUUCACAAGCCGGUCCAUGCUCAGAACACCUCUUCAGCGCCGAACCUGAGCAUCCUGGACGACGAUGUUACUCAAUCCUCCGUAUCGAGACGGAGCUUGGCACCGGUGCCUCGGCCGAAGAGCGGAAGCACUCGUAUCGUCGAAGCUCAGAGCUCGGGUUCAGAUGCUCCUACUCGAAGCUUAAGCUUGAAAGCAAAGGGGAAGCUGCCCGAGAGGGAUCCAGCACCGACCGCACAACAGCAACCUGACACACGCGCAGGAGACUUUGAGGAAGACACAUCUAGCAGCCGUGAUCUCUCCGAUGCAGACGACAUCACAGCUUCUUUCGCUCGAUUGACCGCGAGUCUUCCAACGUCCGCUCCGCUCGGCAACGGCAAUGACGUGACUCACCGCCACCAUGCGGUCUCGCUCACAAAAACAGGUCCGCCUCUCCUCGCCAGUAUGGUCCCUCCCUCAAUGAGCGGGAGAAGAGCUUCGCUUGACCCGCUCUUGCAGCCGUUGGGCUACGGACGAACUGACGUCGGCAACCGCCUCAAAGGUCUGUUCGGUCAGUCGCUUAUUGAUGGACCCUCGAGCCAAAUGCCGGCAAGCUUAUCGGCUCAUGCUGCUGCUGCGGCUGCGACACAGGCUCUGCCGUCGGAUGCCUUGGAAGGCCGACGCCCGCUCAGCGGCCAUCGUCGCUUGUCGAGUCGUAGUGAGAGAGAGACAGAAGCCCCAGCGGCGAACACCGUGCGACGCACUUCUGACGCUGUCAAGGCAGAGCUGUCGACCUCUCAGGAUGCUCCGUCACGACGUGACGACAACGUUUCGAUGGCCUCUUCCAGAGCAUCGACUCUGCGCCGAAAGUCAAGUGCCGAAAGCAAAGCUGCUGCUGCUCCAUCCGCGAGCUCCGACGUGGCCAGAGCGUCAUCGUCGUCGUCAUCCAUGCCACCAGAGCAAAAAGCACAUGAUGAAGCUCUAGCACAAAUCGCACAGCUUAAUGCUACCUCACAGAGGCAAAACUAUCUCGCCGCUCUUGAACGGCUUCUUGCCAAGACCGGUCGACCUACGUCCAUGCUUCCACCCAGCGCCAUGUCUCGUGCUGAGCUCGGCGGCCGUCUUCAGCAGCCCACCGAUGUUGCCUCAUCCGCUUCUCAAGUCGGCAACAACACUGCUUCGGUCACGAACGAGCGUCCACCUCCUCCAACAAACCGCCUCUCUCGCUCAGGAGCAAUCAUUCGCAAUUGUCCAGAAGUGCCAUGCCGUGGCCCACUGCCCUCUCCUCCAUCCGCACUGUCAAGGGCAGCAUCGACUACUAGACCAGUAUCCUUUGUGAACCCGCGCUCAUCUGCUGCUCCGUUGCCACGUGGUCGUCUACCAGCCAUCACGGAUGCUACUCGACACUUCCCGCCUUCAGCAUCUGCAGGUCCAGGUGUAGCACCUUCUUGGUUGAGCUACAUCCCCUCGGAGGAGAGGGAAAGGCUACCUGCGCCGUUGGAGCCGCAACGCCUUGGUGCACGGGCGCCUGGGAGCAGGGUUUCUGCUAUGAUUUCUCGGUUCGAGGCGCCAAGUCACGAGUCACAAACCCCGGGAUCCACCACGAAGCAGACAGCGCCAGAGUUCGGAAGGAUGCCAGCGUCAGAGUCCAACCAGAGCAAUACUUCGAAUGCAGGUGAGGGCGAAGGGAUGGGCCAGGCUGAGCCGACUGUAUUUCGACGUUUCUCGCGUACCCAAAGUAGCGGAAGCGCUGACGGGAGUAUAGGAGUCAGUGGCAUACAGCGAAGACCGCCGCCUCCACCACCCACCCUACCGUCCAGGCGAACCUACACCAAUCCUUUCCGUCGAUCUGAGAACAGCGAUGACUCUCAUGUACCCUCGUCUUCAUCGAUAGAAGCCUUGGCGCGACAGAUCGAAGAAGCAGCUUCCGGAUGGACGUCCGAGUCUCUGCAUCGGCCUUCAUCUCAGGUCUCAAGCAAUGCUCGAGCUUCUCUCCUUGCACCGCCUACCACUGCACCGUCUGCUGUACAAGGCGGACCGCUACCCCGUUCACCACGCACACAAGCAAUGGAUAGCCUCACUCGACGCGAGCACGAUCUUUCUGAAACCACACCGCCUAUGCGACCACCGAAAUCCCCGCUCAUCACACCAGAACAGAUUUUUGCCAGUGGGAGCAGGAACGGGCUCGGAGCGAGCAUUGCUGCUGCUCAGGCUGCUGCGUUUGCACGACGGGAUGGGAGAUAUUCGAAUUCAAGUAGCUUUGAUGCUCAGGUAGCGAGAAGGAACAAUGGAGCGGAGGAAGGUGAUUUGCCGAGAUCGAAUAGUGGUGCGGUGCGCGCACAGCCGGGAGCGAGACCACUGCCGGCAUUACCGAACUUUGUGCGUGGGUUGGGGAUUAGUGGCGACGAAGCGAGGAAUGGAGGCGGCGGAAGUGACGGUGGGGAAAGAGCGAUGGCUCCUCCUCCAUUGCCGACGCGGCCUAGAGAUCGGGUUUGGGAAGAGGUUGGUAGUGGAUCAGGAUCAGUAUCAGGGGCGAGUGGGUCAGGAGUGAGGAGGAUGCUGCCUAGUAUACCCACUGCGAGAUCUGUCUCUGGUUCUGGUGGCACAGGGCAAAAUGGUCGGCGUGUGCCGGUGUCAACAGCGGGCAUAUCUUUGAGUCAAGCCGUGUCAUCUUCACCUACCGUUGAAGGAACCAGUGCAAUCGUAUCAACAUCCAGCACCUCCACCACCAACGCUCCCCCUGCAGCCGCUGUCGAAGACACCACUUCUCCCACCACCAUCACCACUGCUGCUUCUCCGCCGGCAGCCGAAGGCGAACCAUGGAGCAGCACCAACACCCGCCCCACUGCUCAUCGAGAUGGCUCCUUAGGCUUAACAGACUUUGACCUACUGGUCGCCUCACUCGAUCAUCCCUCCUCUGGCGGACGCAGCUACGACCGACUGUGUGCAAUCUCAGACUUCCUCGGACCAGCGAAACGGACGUCUUUAUCUGCCUCGCAACUCUCGUCCCUCUCCGUCGGCAUGAUCGAAUGCGAUUCGCGUCGUGUCACAAAGGAGGGGAAAGUCAAACAGAAACUCAGCUGCGUAGGUGUACGAGUGGACAAGUGUCCGAUCUGCAUUGCGCAGUUCAGAGAAGGACAGAGAGCGGUGAUUUUAAACUGUGGACAUAUUAUGCAUGAAGUGUGCGGAAGGGAAUUGUUUAGAAGAACGGAUAGGUGCGGUGUUUGUCGUACAAGUGCUGCCUAG